CCUUCACUUUCUUUCCUGGGCAAUUAGUCAUCCUUCGGUCUUCUCUUCUGUUUCGUCACUGAGCCAAAAACAGGGUCGAAAACCCCGUCAAUUCAGUCACUCAAGCUCCCCUCCACCAUCUCGCCAUGUCUCCCACUCCGUACUCGGUCAUCGUCCAUCCGCUCGACUCGCACUACAAAGGCGCUUGUGCGUAUGAACAGGGUGCCACGGGGUCCAAGAACGCCAUCAUCUUCAUCGGCGGCCUAGGCGAUGGGCCUCACACCGUGCCCUUUGUGCGUCCGCUCGCCACACAUCUGGAGGCAACCGGCACAGGCUACUCCAUCUUUGAGAUUCGCAUGCGGAGCUCUUUUACUGGCUACGGCUACUCAAGCCUGAAGGAUGACGCGGAGGAUAUCGCCGCCCUAGUCCGCUAUUUGCGUGACAUUGGCAAGGAGAAAGUCGUUCUCCUCGGCCACUCGACCGGUUCUCAGGACUGCAUGGAAUACGCCAAGCGUACCGAUGACCCCGUGGACGGCUUUAUCCUCCAGGGUCCCGUGUCCGAUCGUCAGGCUGUGGAGGGGUUGCUGGAGCCCGAAGAGCUGCAGGAGAGCAUCGAGCUGGCAGCCGAGAUGAUCGCCGAAGAUCGUGGUGAGGAAAUGAUGACACCGGAACAAGUCUACCACAUCUACAAGCCCGUCACGGCGUACCGGUGGCACUCACUUGUUGCCAAGGGGGGCGAUGACGACUAUUUCUCCUCCGACCUCGAUGAAGACGUCGUCGCUGAGUUCUGGGGUCGGUUCAACAAACCGGCGUUAGUCCUCUACUCGGGAGAGGAGGAACACGCCCCCGCGUCUCUCGACAAAGAAACGUUGGUUGAGUCGUGGAAAAAGGCAGGGCCCAAGGUCCAUCCCUCUUCAGGCAUCGUUCCCGGAGCGAGCCACGCCAUCGCGGAGCCAGACGCACAGUCGCGGUUCAAUGAGGCCGUCGCCGAGUUCCUCAAAGAUGUUUAAGGCAUGUCCAGAGCAAGGAAAAGGUGACUUGGGGUAUAAUAUACCUAGUAAAGCUUUACUUUUGGCAUGACAAAGCGGGGAAAGGUUCCCGAGUUGCCAUGUCACAUGUCAGUCACGGCUACAGUGAGGAAGGGGCCGCAAGACGGAUAUGAAUAGAACAACCGUCAGUGAAAAGAUGGCCGGUAGGGAGCCCGCCCGGUGGUCACCGAGUCAAACGUGAACGAACGACCGACAACAUUCGGGC